UCCAAACUUCAACAAAAAGACAAAUCAUUCCUUCAUUCUCAUUCUCUCUCUCACCGUCGACAUGACCAAAAUCGGCUCCCUCCGUCGAGUACUCUUCCCCUGUUUUACGUCUAGUGCAAGCAUUUCCGACAUCAGAAGCACGACCACCACCAAGAAACGCCUCAGCACCUCCCUCCGCGACGACAUCAACCCAUCAACACAAACAGAAGAAACCCCAGUUUCCGAUGACCAAGAAGAUCACGACUCAGACUCCUCCUCCCCCGUCGUACACUCUUCCCACAACCCAAUGGCACCACCACGCUCCUCCAAAACCAUGGUCAUCGGCACCAUCUUCGGCCACCGCCGCGGCCACGUCUGGUUCGCUGUCCAACACGACCGUCUGAAAACCAGACCUUCGCUCCUCCUCGAGCUUUCCAUCCCAACCCAGUCCCUCGUUCAAGAAAUGCGGUUUGGGCUAGUCCGAUUAGCCCUCGAAUGCCACAACUCACCUGAAUCUGAACUUGGAUCAUGUCCACUCCGGUCUGUCCCCGUCUGGACCAUGUUCUGUAAUGGUCGGAAAGUAGGGUUUGCCGUCCGGAAAAAAGCCACCGAACCAAUCCGUCUCAUGCUCAAAUCGAUUCAAUCCACGACUGUGGGUGCUGGUGUUAUUCCAUCUUUUGGAUUUGAAUCCGGCGGCGAUAAUGGCGGUGAGCUGAUAUACAUGAGGGCUAGCUAUGAAUGCAUUAUGGGUGGACCAGAUUCUGAAUCUUUUCAUCUGAUUAAUCCAGAUGGAUGUCUUGGUCAAGAACUAAGCAUCUUCUUGAUGAGGUCACGGUGACCAUUUUGGGGUUCAAGAUUUCUUGAAAAUUAUGGAGUUUCUUGAUUAAUUAUUAUUAUUUGUUUUUUAGUUGGAAAAUAUAUUUUGUUUAGAAGGCAGGCGAAUUUUUGUGUAAUAUUUCAUGGAAGAGGGGUAGAUGAGUAAUUUUGUUAAUUGCUCUACUAACAUGUAUUGAUACAAAUGUGAACAAAAUCUCGUUGUUUUUAUGAUA